GGCCGGAGGCGGCGGCGAGAGCGGAGCCUCAGCGCGGAGGAGCCGGCUCUGCCCGGCAGCGGUAUUGCCAGGCAUCUGAAGUGGUUGACUGAGACCUAAGGAUUUGGAACAGUGGUGUAUGAUGUCAAACAGUGGGCAGUCUUUGUAGCCUCCCCCACCAGCCUGCAGUGUCAUGUGCCAGUAUGAAUGUUAAGAAAGAAACGCAUACUUCAGAACUCAGCAUCCCAGAAAGAAAAAGGAUGAACUGAACAGAAACAGCAAAUGAUUGCACCGCUUACAAAACUUGAGGCUGUUCACUUUUUCUUCUGAGAAGCUUCAUCUUGGCCUUUGUGAGAGAGUUGAGAAAGUAGGCAGAGCAACCACAGUGAUUUUCUUAGGGUCCUUUUCCUUUUUUAAUUUAAUUUUUUCUCCCUUGUGUCUGGAUUUUAAGUGUGCUGCACUGAUCACAAGCACUGGACAUCAAUAUGUGUCAUGUCAUUGUAACGUGUCGAUCGAUGCUAUGGACUCUUCUGAGUAUCGUGGUGGCUUUUGCAGAGCUCAUUGCCUUCAUGAGUGCAGACUGGCUGAUUGGUAAAGCAAAGCCUUCAAGCUCUGAGGAGGUGGACAACAGAACAGGGGGACCUCAGGAGCCCUACCGUCCAACGCUGGGCAUCUACGGGCGUUGCACCAGGAUCUCCCACAUGCAGUUCUCUAGACGAGACACGCUUUGUGGUCCUUAUGCUGAAAACUUCAGUGAGAUUGCCAGUGGUUUCUGGCAGGCAACCGCUAUUUUCCUAGCCAUAGGAAUCAUGAUUCUCUGCACCGUGGCAUUUGUGUCUGUCUUUACUAUGUGUGUGCAGAGUAUUAUGAAGAAAAGCAUUUUUAAUGUCUGUGGGCUGCUACAAGGGAUUGCAGGGCUCUUCCUUAUCUUAGGCUUGAUACUUUACCCUGCAGGUUGGGGAUGCCAGAAGGCGAUAAGCUAUUGUGGACCUUAUGCUUCUGCUUACAAACUAGGAGACUGCUCCUUGGGCUGGGCUUUCUACACAGCUAUCGGCGGCACUGUUCUGACAUUCAUCUGUGCAGUCUUCUCGGCGCAAGCUGAAAUAGCCACAUCCAGUGACAAAGUGCAAGAAGAAAUAGAAGAAGGAAAAAACCUUAUCUGCCUCCUUUAACUCCAGUGGGGAAAAAUACCAGCACCUGGAUCUUUAUCUGCUUUCCAUUGACUGGGCAAGCAGAUCCAUUUACCUGUUUUUACCAUUUGUGUGAUUGAGCCCCAUGCAUUCCAGCCCUGAACUACUGAAAGGGUCUUUCUUCUUU